AUGCCGACGCAGCGGGACAGCAGCGGCAACAGCACUAUGUCGGCUCCGGGCAGCGGAGGGGGCGGCCUCGGCGGAGACAGCGCCCACCAGGUCCGCGUGAAAGCCUACUACAAGGGGGACAUCAUGAUAACAUAUUUUGAACCUUCCAUCUCGUUUGAGGGACUGUGCAAUGAAGUUCGAGACAUGUGCUCCUUUGACAACGAACAGCUCUUCACCAUGAAAUGGAUUGAUGAAGAAGGUGAUCCAUGUACAGUUUCUUCUCAGCUGGAGUUAGAAGAGGCCUUUAGGUUGUAUGAAUUAAACAAGGAUUCAGAGCUUCUAAUUCAUGUGUUCCCGUGUGUACCAGAACGGCCUGGCAUGCCUUGUCCAGGAGAAGACAAAUCCAUUUAUCGCCGAGGCGCCCGCCGGUGGCGAAAGCUCUAUUGUGCAAAUGGUCACACAUUCCAAGCCAAACGAUUUAACAGGAGAGCUCAUUGUGCCAUCUGCAGUGACCGAAUAUGGGGCCUGGGUCGCCAAGGAUAUAAAUGCAUCAAUUGCAAACUCCUUGUUCACAAGAAAUGUCAUAAACUUGUCACUAUUGAAUGUGGCCGUCACACACUGCAGCCAGAACCAAUAAUGCCUAUGGAUCCAUCAUCAGUGCAUCCAGAUAAUGUAGAAUCAGUGAUUCCAUACAAUCCUUCAAGUCAUGAGAGCUUGGACCAUGUUGGUGAAGAAAAAGAGGCAAUGAGCAUUAGGGACAGUGGCAAAGCUUCCUCCAGUCUGGGUCUUCAGGAUUUCGACUUACUCCGAGUUAUAGGCAGAGGCAGUUACGCAAAGGUGCUGCUUGUCCGACUGAAGAAAACUGAGCGCAUUUAUGCAAUGAAAGUGGUGAAGAAAGAGCUCGUCAAUGAUGAUGAGGAUAUUGAUUGGGUGCAGACUGAGAAACAUGUCUUUGAACAGGCUUCAAAUCAUCCCUUUCUUGUUGGACUACACUCUUGCUUCCAAACAGAAAGCAGGUUAUUCUUUGUUAUAGAGUAUGUAAAUGGAGGAGAUCUAAUGUUUCAUAUGCAGAGACAGAGAAAGCUGCCAGAGGAGCAUGCCAGGUUUUAUUCUGCUGAAAUCAGUCUAGCACUGAACUAUUUACAUGAACGAGGGAUAAUCUACAGAGAUUUAAAACUGGAUAACGUGCUGCUAGAUUCUGAAGGGCAUAUUAAACUUACAGAUUAUGGCAUGUGCAAGGAGGGUCUGAGGCCUGGAGACACAACCAGCACGUUCUGUGGAACUCCAAACUAUAUUGCACCUGAAAUUCUCCGGGGAGAGGAUUAUGGUUUCAGUGUGGACUGGUGGGCACUCGGUGUCCUUAUGUUUGAAAUGAUGGCAGGUCGGUCACCCUUCGAUAUUGUUGGGAGUUCUGACAAUCCUGAUCAGAACACCGAAGAUUAUCUUUUCCAAGUAAUUUUGGAAAAACAGAUCCGAAUUCCCCGGUCCCUUUCUGUUAAAGCUGCAGGUGUGCUGAAGAGUUUCCUUAAUAAGGAUCCAAAGGAGCGCUUAGGCUGCCAUCCGCAAACAGGCUUUGCAGACAUCCAGGGACAUCCCUUCUUUCGCAACGUCGACUGGGAUCUGAUGGAGCAGAAGCAAGUGGUGCCUCCAUUUAAACCAAAUAUAUCUGGAGAAUUUGGUCUGGAUAACUUUGAUUCCCAAUUCACCAAUGAACCUGUGCAGCUCACUCCAGAUGAUGAUGAUAUCGUGAAGAAGAUUGACCAGUCUGAAUUUGAAGGCUUUGAAUAUAUAAAUCCUCUUUUGAUGUCAGCUGAGGAAUGUGUCUGAAUUCUCCGUAUCUGAACUGUGCCAACUGUUGCUCUGUUUGUUUCUGCAUGGAUAAACAUCUCUUCAUUUGGAUGCACUUGUAAUGGAACAUCUUACCCUUGCCACCCAGUGUGAAUUACUCACUGAUUUUCUUUUUGUAUUGUCAUCCAGGACAGUUGUCAUGCUUCAGCCUUCGUCUGCAGGAUGUAAAAUGUUAAAACUUUCCAACAGUUUUGCCAAACUUGAAUUUUUAUAUAGAAGUUGGUCUCUGGGGCCUCUGACUGAACAACAGGGCCUGGCUGUGUAACUGCCAAUACAGUGUUCUGAUAAAGGAGUUUUUUUCUUUCUUGCUUUAAGAAUGCACACUACGUUAGGAGGGGUAAUAAAAUACUGUCCAUUUUCCCAGCAAGAUUACUUCUGUAGUUCUAAAUCUCUUCUCUAAACAACUAAUUUCCCUAGACUUGAUGUUACCACCCUUCAGACUGAAAUGACAGCAAAGAGAGCAGAUUAUUGAAGUGAAUGGCUGCUUUCAAAGGGUGUAUUGAUCCUAUCCAAAAGGAGAUGAUCAGCUCAACAUUGGAAACAAUAGACUUUGGUCCAAAUUUCUGCACUAGGAACUGAACACUCAUACAAAGAGUGCCUUUCCAAGCCUGUCCCUGCAUUGAGGGUUGUUCAUGGGAUAAAGUAUCAAUUUAAAUAAAUGGAAUUCAAUUAAUACUUAGAUUAUGUAAUUUAGCAGUAAUGGGCAGCUGAUAUUGAGGGAUGUAGAGCCUCUCACACCUAUUUAUUGCUUUUACACUUGCUGUCUUAACUGUGUCAGAACUGCACAUGUUACAGCCAUGGCCUCAGCAAGGGCAUUUGUCUCCUUUUUGUUGUUGUUUUUUAACCUUACUGCCAUACUGUUGGAAAUGCCAGUGGAAAAAGCACACCUAGCUAAAAAUAGGUGCUGUCCACAAUGACUCCCUUAACUUCUCCACUUACAGGUGGUGAUUGGUAGUCACCAUCAAACCUUAAAUAUUGGUAGUAGACUCCAUGUUAAUAGUAAACCAGUUGGAAUUAAUGGAAGCAACUAUUCAAGUAGGAUUUUACAGACAUAAUUAUUCUGACAUUUCAUGUUAGUGAACAGUGUAAUAUACAGCACAGACGAUUCUUGGUUUAAUGUUUAAGGCAUAGUUUGGAAUGUGUUAGGCAGGAGAAAUGCCAAAUGUACCCUUUGUUUUUUGUUUUUGUUUUUCAUAUUAUUAUUGGGAAAAGGGAUUAAGAGACACUGAAGACAAGAUUGAUAAGGAAGAGCUGUAAGGCAAGCUAAGCAUUACUGAAAGCAGAUCUAAGCAUCUGUAAGCACAAGUUAGCAAACCUUAUUGAAGCUUUCAAGAAGACUUCUACUUCAUCAGUGUCUCUCCUUGAAAAACCUUGUAUGGCAACACUAAACUCCUAGCACAAAUCUCCCAGUGUAUGGUUUCUCACUUUUAUGUUAGCUUCAAGGAGAGAGACUACUCAAACACACAGUGGUGCCAUGAUGUGGUGUUUCAUUCCUGUUUUUCUUUGCUGCAUGAAUAGGAAGCUCUGGAGUACUGGGCUGACUUUUCAGAACUGGGAAUGGACUGGGGGGGCCUUGGUUUCAUGGAAGCACUGAACCUCCAUGCAGUUAAAAAUCAGGUUCCCUUAAACUCCAGCUGUGUAUUUUCAAAUGUGAAAUACCAGAGUAUCUAAAGAGUAGCUCAUAACUGCAGCAUGCUUAGUUCACGGCAAGUCAACUGCUUCCAUGCAGUUUCAAAAUUGUAAUUGUUCAGCCUCUGAUUUCUACACCCACAUGACUCAGUUUAGAUGUCAGGACUAACUUCUUAGUUUAUUUAAAGCAAACAAGAAAAGCCUUGUCUCUACAGUGGCUUAAUUUCCUAUGGAUUAUUAAGUAAAAUGGCUUUAUGUAAGGAAGGGCAUUUCUGUGGUUCAUCACAGGAGAGGAACAGAGUAAAAUGCUGUCUUCUUCCUUAAAGCUUUUUUUUUAAGUCGAAAGAUACUUUUUCUAUUUACAUAUCAUUCUUUACAUACUAAGAAUGUUGCUAUGGGACAAAUAUCUGAAUCCAUUUUUUAACAUUGAAUUUUCUCCAAAGUGCCAUGACAUUAACAGCUUUGUUUUGUUUUUCAUUGUUAAGCAUAUAGCAACUGUCAUUAUAAAUAUUCAGAAGGGACAUUGGGUGUAACCAGUCCAGUGCAGUAGGCUUUGUCUUUCAGAGAAAGUGUUUGCAUCAGAAGUGUGAUGUAUUUAUGUGGAGUAACCUCCUUUUUUGUACACGAGUUGGAUUCUUAUGGGUGCUCUGCUAGUUAAUAUUGACACUACUGUUUUCCUGUUUCAUAUGGAAUAUGGUUUUGAGCGUUGUUGUGUAAUCAUUUCCUUUAUUUGUGCACACUUUUUACUUUAAAUAAAACAUUUCUAUUAGG